AUGUCAUUGAUAUAUCGAUGUGAGAUUAAACUUUGUGAAAAGAGUGAAAUUGAACUUUAUGAAAACAGUGAAGAUGAUAGUGAAAUUACUGAAGGUGAACUCACUUUUAACGGAGAUGUUGAACCUUGUGAAAACAGUGAACAAAAUUCGAUCUCACUGAGGGAAGUUGAACUCACUUUUAACAGUGAAGUUGACUUCAGUUCAAAAAGUGGUGGAUGUACUUGUUGUGUACCAAACUGUUUUAAUAAUUCUAAGCGUAAUAAAAACUUAUCGUUUUAUGUUAUACCCAAGGAAAAAGUGUUAAGAAAGUUAUGGUUCGCCAAAAUUAGCAGAAAAGACUUCACUCCUUCUUCAUACAGAGUUUGUUCAGCACACUUUCAAGGGAACAAAAAAACGUAUAUGAAUAAUGUUCCAACAAUAAUUCCAAAAACAGUUAAACUAACUGCUCAUGUACCAAAGAAAACCAAAAAUAGCCUUGGUUUAUUACAUAAAACAACACAAAUACCUUAUAGUGAAGAACUGUCGACACCUGUUUUAAGCUACAAAGAAAAAUUAAAACAAGAAAAUAAAAUUCUUAAAGAUCAAAUUGAGGACAUUAUAAAAGAAAAACAAGCGUUAGUAAACACUCAAAAAGAAGCUAUAUUGGUCAUGAAGUUUUUAGAACCAGAAAUAUAUUCACUAAAUUAUUGGGAUUCAAUGUCUACUAUUGCUGACAAUUUAUCUGAAACUUCUUCAUCUAAAACAAGAGGAAGAUCACGUAUAUUAAAUGUUGAAGAGGAAUUUUUUAUGAUCAAUUUUAAUAUGGCCAAAAAAAAACUAGUUAAUGAAACAAUGCCUAGUUGCUUUAAAGAUGUAUACCCUAAUACUUGUGUAAUUAUAGACUAUACAGAAAUAUUUACUGUGAUGCCAACUAGCUAUCGCACUCAAUCAGCAAUGUUCUCAAAAUAUAAACAUCUUCACACAGCUAAGGGUUUGAUUGGAAGAUCAAGCGAUAAACAGAUAACAAAUCACUGUGGCAUACUAAAACUAUUAGAAAAAGGUGAUAGCCUGAUGGCAGAUAGAGGUUUCGAUAUCGUAAAUGACUUACCAAAAGGAAUAAGUCUCAACAUACCACCAUUUCUUGAAGGCGAUUUUCAACUUACUUUGGAAAAAGAAUUAGAAACAAGAAGAAUCGCAUCUGUGCGAAUUCAUGUGGAACGUGCAAUUGCAAGAAUCAAAAACUACAAAAUAUUACAAAACGCAUUUCCACUUACAAUGGCUGCUGACAUGAACAAAAUAUGGGUCAUAGUUUGUUAUUUAGUUACUUUUCUACCACCUCUAAUAAAAACUGAUAGCAAAUAA